CUUAUUACUCUUUCUUGGUUUUGAUGAUUCUCUUGUUAGGUACUUUCAAACUCUCACUGCAGUUCUCAGAAGAUUAUCCUAAUAAGCCGCCAAAAGUUCGUUUUGUGUCACGGAUGUUCCAUCCAAAUAUUUAUGCAGAUGGGCGUAUAUGCUUGGACAUUCUGCAAAACCAGGACUGGAGCCCUGUAUAUGAUGUUGGUGCUAUACUUAUCUCUAUCCAGUCGUUGCUCUGUGACCCUAAUACGGAUACUUCUGCAAACUCGGAAGCCGCUCGGAUGUACAGCGAAAGCAAGCGUGAGUACGACAGAAGAGUGCGUGAUGUUGUUGAGGAAAGCUGGACUUCUGACUAGUAGUUUGUUAGUUGUUAUCUUUGUAACUCUCUCCUACUCUCAUAAUGUCACCUUUAAGCAACAGCUUUCAUUCAUGUCUUUUGUGUUUCCAAAACUCUUAUAGUGAUUUGGACGCUUUGUAUAUAUGUAUUACGAUUGUUUUGGACAAAAUAAUAUUGGAGGGAUUUUAAAA